GCUUGAUUCAGCUGAGUGUAUAAACUCGUUAUGACAGGUUACUUCUGAUGGGAAUCCUACUGACACCGGUACAUUGGUAAUGUUGGCAGAAAACAAGAUUUUCUGCAUUUAAAUCGACAUACCCAACUUUGAACAGCUAUAGCUCUUUUAGGGACAUCCUAGCUCUUCAGUGUCUUCUGGAAAGUUGUUAGGCAUCUAAAAUACUAGCAUAGCAUAGCAUAGCAUAGCAUAUUUGAUCGCCCGUGUGUUGCCCGCGAUUGACCAGAAUCAGCUGAAAUUGCACAAAGAACCGUCAAAAUGGUGCCUAGGAGUAGCAAGCCAUUCUCAGUGUACAAUUUCUGGUGAUCUUUCUUUUCACUGGUCAAUAACGAAGCUGGCCACGCCCAAUGCAGAUCAAUAGAGGAAGGGAUAUCGGGAGUGUUAGUUUAAUACUUGUUGCUACUAGAGACCGAGGAAUCCUCUGCAUCAUCCACAAGUAUCAAAGGAAGGAAUUAGUGUUAGUGGAAAGGAAUUGAUCUGGAUCCAUCGAGGUUGAUGGUGCGAUCUUCUCUACACAAAUUCGCGCACGAUAUGGUUACUUCUCGGUCUCUGGGCAGCCGGCCACCAGGAGACGAUAUAAAUAGGACCGCGCCACGAUCCAGUAAUCUUCUUGCGUAUCUAAACUUUGCGUUUAAUGCCGUGAACUUAAUUCAAAUUUACCUAGAAACGAAUGGAUUUCGUAAAACGCAACAACCGCACGCUGAACGCAAACUACGCAAACUACUGGUCCCAGCUCAAAUAACCGAUAGAGCGCUGUAUUGAGAUAGUCACACUGAGCGCAGUCAAAAUACCGCACACGAAACUGAACUGCCUUCUCCGAAAACAAAUAAGAGCGUGCCGACCACUUGUAUGACGAAAAAGCCAAAACACCCGCUUUAUUAAAAAAAAAGGAAAAUAAGGGAACCGGCAAAACAGGAGUAGAUUUGGCAUCCAUGCAGGGUUUGUCUUUGUCGUGAAUAAUUACAAUAUUUAUCGAACGAACGAAACCUAUUCUGAAUCGUAACGUGCUAAAAAAGAACCGACGGGCGUACAGUCUCCGAAAUAAUGAUUUGGUACAUCCCGGAAAUCACAAUACACCGAUAAUCCUUAGAUGAGCAAAGCUCACCAAGGCCGCUUCACGUUUACACCGGAGCAUUAUGUAGGACCGCUUUAUUCCCUCUCACCGACGCAUACGCAAGAGGACACGGUGCUUCGCCCCGAUAAUCUUUUGUUUUGUAUUUAAGUUAAGAUAUCUACUGAGUAUAAAAACUGGCAAAGUUUCAUGCACUCAUAGCUCAAAAAUUUAAAAAAAUGCAAUAUGCAUAUCGAACAAGACUGAAUUCUAAGUUGAUUGAUAAAAUGCCAAAGAAAUCGCAAUCGAAAUUUAGUUGCUGAACCAACAAAAUUUUCACAUAAUUAAUAAAAAUUGUCUAUGUGUUUCAAUAUUUGUUCAAAAGCUAGAAAAAUCAUCAAACAAGGGUAUAAAACUGGGCCAAAUGUUUGUAACCGUUCGGUCAGGCCGCGAUAAGUUUAUGAAUUAUAUUCUAAUGCUACCAGUUCCGUGUUGUGAGAGCCAGCGUGUACAAGGUUUAAAGCUCUCACCUAUUGGGGCAAUUCUGAUUAUUCAAGCAGAGCUUUAGCAAAUGAAACGACUCCACAAAACCACGCUAAAAUAAAUCUCGACAUAUUGUAAGCAAUGCACCCAGAUUGACAUCUACCAAGAAAAUAAACAAAUAAAUAGAUCAAUUAUUUUCAAAACGGCUAAUUGACAACGCAGGCAGGGUGUUUAAAGUAUCCCUGCCGACGUCAGUGCACUGCUCCACGAGACGCAUGAAACGCAAAAACUAAACAUAACACUUACUGCUUGUAGAUUUAUUUAACUUUUAAAAUUAAAUUUUUUUUUUUCUGUGUAUAUAUAGAAGAAAUAUCGAUUAACACGUAACAACUUGCACAUCCCUACAGACAGACAAUGCGUCACAGCAAAAUUUUCCAAUAAAAAUUAUCUUUCUAGCGCUUUCUUAUUGAAACAAUUUACUCUAACUGGCGCUAGUUAUAUGAAGCAAUAAUCGAACGAAUAAAAUCAGCAUACUUAGCUUUAUAUAGGUUCUUUGACCCUUUUCCUCUCGCCUUCGUUCAACAUUUACUAUAGCACUUGCCACUGUAUGACGUAACACUUUGACAUUUUUUUCUUCGUUGGAUGUUGGCUCACAAAAAAAACAGAAAAAUUAAACACAUUUUGCCGGACGAUUUUCACAUGAUAUCGUUCUUUUUUCAUGCCAACUUCACACAAUACAAACUUGAACUGUAAUGUCAAUUUAAACUGCAGACUCUAUUUCCAUAAAUCCAGCAGAAUACACUCGAAUUACACGAAAAUAUCACGGAGUAAUUUUUAACGCGCCUACCAAUGGCCGUGCUGCCAGAAACCCCAGCUGUACUCCACUCGCUAUUGUGUGACAAACUCAGUUGUUAGGCAUCUAAAAUACUAUACUUUAACAUAAUGUAGUGCACUAUUAGAGCAUUAUUGAGGGAGUGGGGUUUCCCAUAUAAAUUCUCAUACAAAUUUGAAAUGCAAUGCGCCAAGUGGAGACGAAACCAAUCGACUUCCGGUAAGUUUAGGGUUGUGUGGGGCUCCAAAAGGAACCAAAAAAACUUGGUUCUGGAAAAUCGAUCACUUUUCCCCACUCUAAUGGGUAUCAGUGAUAGUAAGUGUUCCGAGGUCUCAACUUCAGAAUUACAGAAUCGACAUAUGUCAUCUGUCAAUUUACCCAUUUUUUAAGGUGAUACCCACUCGGACAGUGUCCAGUCAGUAAGCCAGUUAACGUACUCAGAUUAGCUUUAUUCAUACUGAGUAGGUUCUGUGUGAUUCUAUUACAUGGUGUGAUGAAUAGUUUAUUUUGUCUUGCUUUGUAAGCCCUCCAGUUGGCAUCAAUCAUCAAUGAUUCCCAGCCUCUGAGCUCAGAUUUCAAACAGAAUAAAGAUUCCCCACAGAAUGGCUCCGGCCCGAUGAAUGCAGUUGAAGACCCAAUUCUUGCUAAGAGAUCGGCUUUUUCAUUUCCUUCUACACCACAUUGACCAGGCACACAGUAUAGAUUAACAACGUUUGUUGCAGUUAGUUGUCGUAGGGAUUUAAUACAAUCCCAUAUCAACUUCGACUGACAUGUGUAUGCUUUUAUUGCAUUGAGGGCUACUUGACUAUCUGAGAAAAUACAGAUAUUGGCAUGGCAUACUUGUAUUUCAUAGCUGAGCAAAUAUUUGUGCAUGUUAAAAUAGCAUUUAUUUCAGCUUGAAAAACUGUGCGCCACUGUCCCAUUGGAAUUGAUACAUUGAUUCCUGGCCCAGUGAGCCCAGCACCUGGAAACUCGCCCAUUUUAGAGCCAUCUCUAUAAAAUAUGACUGAUCCUGGACGAACUUUAGGACCUUCUUUUCCCAUUCGCAGCGAUUAGAUUCAAUCACAUAGAAAGGAACACUGAAGUUAGUCCUAGAGUCCAACCAGUCUUCAUUCAUGGUUACUAAGGUGUUCAGUUGUAAAUUUUUGAGGAUUCGUGAAUGUCCCUUUAGAUCACCUUCCUGAAAAGUUUUAACACGUUUGAGCCUAAGAGCACCUUUUUCCGCUUGAAGUUGUACAUAUUGAUGGAAGGGUAGAAGAUAUAAAAGAGCUUCUAAGGCUUUGGACGUUGUUUGCUUCGAGAUUGCAUACUCUAGAUGGUCGUUCCAGUUAAGCUUAUGAUCGAGCAUUACAUCUAGGUACUUAGUUCGCUUGGAUAGCACCAACUGUGUAUCUCUCAACUAAAGAGUUGCAAUAUUAUAUUUUCCCCUUCUUGUAAAUGGGAAAUUGACUGUUUUAGAAGAAUUGGCGUUUAGUUCUUCCAGCUUGCACCAUUUGAGUGUGUAGUUCAGGGCAGAUUGCAUUCUAUUAAUAAUAGUAGUCCCGCAUAUACCUCUAACUAAAAAAGUAAUGUAAUCAGCGAACCCGAUUACUUCGUAUCCUAGGUCUGUAAAGUUGUUAAAAAGAUCAUCGACUACAAGAGACCACAAUAAAGGAGAUAAAACCCAUCCUUGCUGGCAACCUCUUGUUGGUUUCGUCGAUAAAGUUGAUCUUCCUAAAUUGGCUGUGAUUAACCGAGUAUCUAACAUAGCAAGUAUCCAGUUCGAGAUGCACAUGUCGAACCCUUGUUUUAACAUAGCCUUCUUUAUAGAUUCAUGGGAAGCGUUGUCAAAUGGUCCCUCAAUAUCAAGAAAAGCUGUCAGUGAGAUUUCCUUAGCGUAAAAAGACUUCUCUAGUUUUGAAACCAACGUGUGAAGUGCUGUUUCUUCAAAAGGCACGAAAUGUCAUAGGACAGGAGGAAAAACUAAACAUGAGAGUUAGGAGUCUGACAAUUGAUUACUAGCAAUCGGAAACAUGCGGUACAAAUUUCUUUUUAUAGACAGUCUGGUGGUAGUUUUAACGGUUUUUUCACGAGCUCAAAAUGAUUUGGAUGCCCUUGAUGAACAUGAGUUUAACACCAAAAACGAUUUCGAAGCCGCAGCGAUAACUACUGAUCCUACUAUUUUGCCAACUCCGGUGGCUUAUGUACCUAAAGUGACACCACCCGUAAAUACAUGCAACGGAACAUGCGUUCCGUAUUACCUGUGUAAGGGAAACAAGAUUAUUACCAACGGAACUGGUCUCAUAGAUAUCCGCAUGGGAGGGCACCCCACGGUUGUAAGAGAAUGCCCUAACUACAUGGAGGUGUGCUGUGAAAAAGAAAAAGUACUGGAUAAAGCCCCAUCAACGGCUACAAAGUCCCCUCCUACCGCAAACAAAUAUACGUGUGGUGGACGCAAUGCUGACGGUUCAGGAUUUAGAAUAGCCGGUCACGAGAAUGGUGAAUCUGAGUACGGAGAGUUUCCAUGGAUGUUGGCGGUUCUGCGAGAGGAUGAAUUCUUUAAUAAAACCCUGAUCGUGUAUGAAUUUGGCGGUUCAUUGAUUGCCCCUAAUGUUGUCCUAACAGUAGCCCACUGUGUAGUAAACAAACGAGAAGACACGCUCCUGGUUCGUGCUGGAGAAUGGGAUACUCAGACAACAAACGAGUUGUAUCCUCAUCAGGAUCGUCGGGUGCGAGAGGUUAUUGCUCAUGACCAGUAUAAGAAGGAAACAGUAUCCAACAGUAUUGCACUUUUAGUACUCGAACAACCAUUCGAUUUAACUGAAAACAUCCAACCUGUAUGUCUUCCUCCAAAGAACUUCAACUUUGAUGGAAGCAGCUGUUUUGCCAUGGGGUGGGGUAAGGACAUAUUUGGUAAAAAAGGAGAAUACCAAGUGAUUCUAAAAAAACUUCAGUUACCGAUUGUGCCGCAGAAUCAAUGCGUAAAGGCUCUGCGGACCACUCGAUUGGGACCAUUUUUUCUCCUGCAUCAAAGUUUCAUCUGUGCAGGAGGAGAAAAGGGCGUAGACACCUGCCGCGGUGAUGGAGGUUCUUCGCUGGUUUGCCCAAUCCCUGGCGUUCCUACAAACUACUAUCAAGCCGGUAUCGUUGCCUGGGGUAUUGGUUGUGGUAAACAGGGAAUUCCUGGAAUCUACGUAAACGUUUCCAUGUUCAGAGAAUGGAUUGAUCAGCAAUUAACCCAACGCAAUGUGGAAAGCAAACAUUAUACUUAUACAUGAAAAAAUAUUUCAAUAUUGUAUAAAGCGUUGUGUUGACAGUUAGUGAACGAUAAUAAAUACGGACUGACUUCUAGUCUUUGUUUGACU